UGUUACGCUUCUGCUAUACAAGAAAGAUGAGUGGACGAGGCAAAGGAGGAAAGGGACUUGGAAAAGGAGGCGCUAAGCGCCACAGGAAGGUUCUCCGUGAUAACAUUCAGGGAAUCACCAAACCCGCUAUCCGCCGUCUGGCUCGCCGUGGUGGCGUGAAGCGUAUCUCCGGUCUAAUCUACGAAGAGACUCGUGGUGUGUUGAAGGUUUUCCUGGAGAACGUAAUCCGUGACGCUGUCACUUACACCGAGCACGCCAAGAGAAAGACCGUGACUGCCAUGGACGUGGUUUAUGCUCUGAAGAGGCAGGGCCGUACUCUGUACGGCUUUGGAGGUUAAAUACUAAACAAAUCUGAAAAUAACGGCCCUUUUAAGGGCCACCCACAUUAGUGUUAAGAGUGGUUACCUAUAUAAAAUGUUGCCCUAAUGA